AUGUCAGGAAGUAAAACAGCACUGAUCCCCAUCGAUCCACCAGCAGAUACUCUGAGGUACCAGUCCCUCCUCCCGGAGGAGUUGAUAAGAUGUUUAUACAUCGCAAGACUCUGGGAAGUGAAGAAAUUACAGGAGGUUGUGGUUAAAGCCAUUAUGUUGAAGAGUUAUGAGUUGAAACAGUUAGACCGGAAGGUUGAGACGAAUGAAGAGGUUUGA